UCUAAAUCGGUAAAGGACCUUGGGAUCCAUAUAUAAUUCAUAGGUGAGUACCAAAUUUAAAUACAUUUAAAUUAUUAUAUUAAAUUCGAAUUAUACCAACUUAUAAUCAAAGUUUCUUUGGAUUCCAUUCAUAAUUAAAAAAAAUCCUUUGAUCAGUUUUCCAUUUGUGAAGGUUCACUAAAAUCUCACACAGUUUAUUAUAAGUCUAUAUCUGGAUAUAUAGCUGUAUUAUAGCUGUGUCUUUGCUAGUGUACAUCUUUGUCUCAAGGUCACAUUAAAUUCAAUUCUAUUAUAUUCACUUCAUUUUUCAUUUUAUUUCAUCUCAGCUCCAAUCCGUUUUAUCGUUACUUUAAGUGUCUUUACUUUCGUCGUUUGUGUUUAUUUCAUUGCUGUUAUUAUCGUUUAAUUUAUUAUUUGCAUCUAUCUACGACUAUUCAUUUAUCAUUGCAUAAUCUCUAAUUCAAUCAUAGUCACAAUAAUAUCACAAUGGCCCAACAGUUACCUUCAGUAUCAGAAUUAAUAACGACCACCAACAUACCCAAUAAUAAUAAUAAUCAACUUAAUAAACAGAAUACAACACCAUCUCCUGCUUCACUACCUAAAAAGUUAUCAAUAUCACCUCCAUCCCCAAGAUCUAUCAUACCUAGAAUACCUUCAAAUAUAUCUUACAGUUCUUUGCCUCACCCUCCUAUUAGGAGGUUAACAGAACCAAGCUUAGGUAUGAGUAGAUCAACUAGUCAAGAAAAUAUUAAUGGAACCAAUUCAAUAAACACUUCUCCUUCAUCUGUGAAUAAUGAUUUCUACAAUUACAGAAUGCAUUCAAGAGAGUCAAUAUCUUCCUCAGUAGAUCCUUUGCAAAGAUCACCAAACCAACAUCAUAACGGCCCACCACCACCACAAGUCCAACAACAUCAACAAAUGCCUUCUCCUCAUCAUCUACAUCAGCAUCAACAUCCUCAACAGAAUCCCAAUCCUUAUCCACCAGUGUAUUAUGCUCAUCCUCCCCCGGGUAUGUAUGUAGAAGGUAAUAAUGGUUUACAGCCACAACCAUCUCAAUCUCCUCCAGGCACAGGUUACCUUCCACCAGGUUAUCCUAUGCAGGCACCCCCUGGUAUGUAUCCUCCUCCACCACAUCAUCAACAUCCCCAAGCAUAUCAAGCUUAUUAUCCUGCCGGUCAAAUUCCACAACAAGGUCCUCCACAAGGACCUCCACUACCACCAUCACAAGUGCCUCAAGCACCAAAUGGGCUCUUGCCUCAUCAACAGGAUGGUAGAAGAAAUCACCAACAACAUCAUACACUCCAGCACCAUCAGCAUGUUCCAAUUCCUUCUCAUAUUCAUUUUGAUGAGAAUCAAGCAUUGGUGAAUAAGAGAAGAAUCAUUAAGAGAAGGACUAGAACUGGUUGUUUGACAUGUAGAAAAAGAAGAAUAAAGUGUGAUGAACGUAAACCAACUUGCUUUAAUUGUGAAAGAUCUAAAAAAGUUUGCUUAGGGUACGAGAAUUUAUCUAAUUUGGGUAGUACUAAUGGAAUAAAAAGGAAGAAGAACAGUACAGUCAGUAUUGAUACAGUUGAUUUCAGAUCACCAUUACCACCUCCCCAACAUCAGGUACAGCCUGGUGCUAGCCCGGUUUCCGAUCAUCAUUUUCAAAAUCCUCUUAGCAAUGGUAAGAAUACUGGUCAUUAUCAUCAUGAUCAAAUACCCACGUCUGUGCCUACAAAUUCGAAUACUUUCAAAUCAUCUAUUACUGAUAGUACAUCUGGUUCCAGCACCACUUUACCUUCACUUUCCCUUCCUCCUCCAAUUAAGUAUUCAAGACCUAACAGUAGUAGUCAUUUCCUUAGUCGACCAUUGGGGCUCGUAGGAGGAAUUAUAAAUAAAGCAGAAGAGCCCUCGACUUCAUCAGAGGCUCCUAAGGACCGUUAUUUACCAUCUACUAAUUAUUCAAUGAAUAAAGUUUCAGUUCAUGACUUGAUAAGAUAAUUAUUUUAGUUGCUAUAUUGUAUAUUUAUUACUAUUAUUAUUGGUAUUUAUUUAUUGCUUAUAUAUCUAUUUAUUUAUUUACUGUAUAUUCAUUUUAAUAUUAAUGACAUGAUAUGAUAUAAAUGUUUAGUACCUUGAUUGUAGAUAAGUAUGAUUGAUUAUAACCUACAUAAUUGUAAUGUAAUCAUUAUUUAGAGCAGUAUUUAGAGCAUUUUGGUCUUGCAAGCUUAAGAAUUUUAAUUUCACUUGCAUAUUCAUUUUCAAGCCAAUUUCAUAUUAAUUUAAG